AUGGCGAGCAACGCCGAGAACGGUUCUCCGGUGGCGUCUGGGGCUGAGGCACCUCAACCGCCUAGCGAGCACCUGAACAUCAAGGUCACAGACAACAACAACGAGGUGUUUUUCAAGAUCAAGCGCAGCACUAAACUCGACAAGCUCAUGACUGCCUUUUGCGAGCGGCAGGGCAAGUCGCCAGCGUCGGUACGGUUUUUGUUUGAGGGCCAGCGCGUUCAGCCGACAGACACACCAGACACGCUGGAAAUGCAGGAUGGCGAUACCUUAGAAGUCCACCAAGAGCAAGUCGGCGGUUACUAG